AUGUUUGGGAAGAGGGUAGAGUCAGCGAAAGGAAAUACACGGACUCCGGUGGCGUUGAAGCCUUUGUUGUUACUGUUAAUUAUUGGACCCAUGGUAAAUAUUUUUUUUCGGAGUGUACGGUCAUGAAGAACCCAUAUUAACCCCGUGAUGCUACAUGGACAGUCUGUGCGCUACGGUAAUCUAUGCCAGCAACGCGGUGAAAAUGGACUGAAUGCAUGCGGAAUACUUUCUCUACCACCACCACUUCAAGCAGGGACAGAAUAAAUACACAUUUAGUUGUACAUUUCCUUUUUAUAUAACAUUGUAGAUGACGGCUCUUAUUUUCGGAAUAUUUUUUUCCGUCUAGGUUUUCAUCGUCUGUUUUUGAUUGCUUUGGCGUGCACAGUCCCCAUUAAACAAGGAUAUAUUGUUAAAUAUGAGGAAGCAAUUUAUUACAGAGAUACCAAAAAGAAAGAGGCCUUUCCGUUUUCAGGCCCGGAUUUGAGUUCAGUAGGGGAAUAAUGGGGAAAAAUCCAAAUGGAUAAAAUAUGGAUAUUGGAACACAAUAUUAGAGCAGUUGGAUUGCUAUCGACAACGUGCCGUGCAAGUUUGAUGCAUCAAAAAAAGUGAACAACCCAUUUCUUCAACACUCAAUAACUCUAUUCGACACAAAUAAAGGGAAGUGGAACUGUUAUUGGAAUUACCACAUUUUCAGUUGUGCCAGCAGCUUAAAUGCAAUUUUUUAUAUGAGUUUUAUGUUGCUUUUUUAUUGCAAUUUGAGCUGGACAGAGCUUUGACUGUUCAAUGGAAGUAUGUUAUCAGUUACCGGUUUUGCCUCUAGACAGGCCGGUUCCUAAACAUGUUCUCAGCCGCAGGGGAGCCAUUAGCUUCAGCUCCAAUUCUUAUUUUUUUGGUGGACCUGCCCCAAGACAGCUGGCCAAGAGACGAGGGGCGAUCUCUUAUGACAGUGAGAAUCAAACAGCUCUCUACAUUCGGAUGCUCGGUACGUAUGGAGAUGUGAGAGUCAGAAGCCAAGUGGGGUUUGAACCGGAACCAAGAGGGUCCCAUCCUUACUUGUAUGUCGAUUUCCGAACUUUGCACUCCCGACCCCAGUCUGCGGGGCCUGUGUCUGCCAGGAAUGUCCGCAGGCUGCUGAGCUUUCAGCGGUACCUCCACUCGUCACGGUUCAUCCGCGGCAUCCCAGCCUCCAACCCACUAGGCUACAUCCUUGAUGAUGACUACACAGGUCAAGCCAAGUUAAUGCUGGAGAAGGUUGGAAACUGGAACUUUGACAUGUUCCUUUUUGAUAGGCUUACAAACGGGAACAGCCUCGUCAACCUGACCUUUCACUUAUUCAACAGUUAUGGGUUAAUUGAGCUCUUUCAGUUGGACAUGGUUAAACUUAGAAGAUUUUUAGUCAUGAUUCAAGAGGACUACCGCAGCCUGAACCCCUACCACAAUGCAGUCCACGCUGCGGACGUGACUCAGGCCAUGUAUUGUUACCUGCAGGAGCCCAAGCUUGCUGAGACGAUGACUUCCUGUGAUCUCCUGCUGGGUCUGCUGGCUGCUGCCACCCAUGAUCUGGACCAUCCAGGUGUCAACCAGCCUUUCCUCAUAAAAACAAACCAUUAUCUAGCAGCACUGUACAAGAAUAGCUCAGUUUUGGAGAAUCACCACUGGAAGUCUGCUGUGGGCCUGCUCCGAGAGUCAGCACUCUUGUCCCACCUUCCCACUGAAGACAGAUGCACAACUGAGAGCAUCCUGUUGGGCUGUAUCAUCGCCUGGAACGGCAACUGCAUCGCCAGCAACCUGCAGAGCUCUCCAGAGGGUGGUGUGGUAAGCCUAACGCCUCACCGGGGGCACACUGCCUGCCCUCCAGGACACCUACAGCACCCGAUGUCACAGGAAGGCCAAAAGGAUCAUCAAGGACUUCAACCGCUCGCGCCACAGCCUGUACACCCUCUUAUCAUCCAGAAGGCAAGAUUGAACAUGGAGGAGCGGCUUGGAUCCCUGAUUCUGGCCACGGACAUCAGCAGGCAGAAUAACUAUCUGUCAGAGUUCAGGACACACUUGGACAAGAGAGACCUCUGCCUCACUAACGGAAGACAUCGGCACUUUAUCCUUCAGAUAGCUCUGAAGUGUGCGGACAUCUGCAACCCCUGCCGACCGUGGAAACUCAGCAAACUGUGGAGCGAGAAAGUGACAGAGGAGUUCUUCCAUCAAGGUGACAUUGAGAGGAAACAUCAUCUUGAAGUAACCCCACUCUGUGACAGGCAAUCCAACUCAGUUGCCAAUAUACAGAUUGGCUUUAUGACGUACGUGGUGGAGCCUCUGUUUGUGGAAUGGUCACGCUUCUCCGACACACGGCUGUCCCAGACCAUGAUGGGCCACCUGAGCCUGAACAAGCAAGGCUGGAAGGAGGGUAGAGACAAGCAGGAGGCUAACACUAGUAGGGCCUCAGAGGAACAGAGGACUUCUGCUGCCAAGGACUCAAACUCCAAAGAAUUACCUCAGGGAAGUAAACGGUCAUGACUCGCCAAGAGAGUGAAGCGUCAGGAAGCGAAGAGAAUCUCCUCACCGGACAAAAACUACAUUACCCAUCACUCCCCGCACCACAGCACCUCAGCCACAUGCUCCCCAUCUAGGUUAACCACUGUUUUUGUUUUUCACAUAAUUUAACUUAAUUUAUUACAUUUGGACCCUUUACUUUAACAACAUAGAGCAAUACAUAGAUACCUCAUGUUGCUUCUGCUGUAUUUUCUUUCCAUUUUCUUUUCAUAUUUUAUUUAUUUUUACCGUAGUUCUGCUCUGACAUCCCUAAUUUGACAUGCCACCCUUUGAAUAGAGACCUGAAGGGAAUGAUUUAAAAAAUACCCUUCUGAUUAUAGCGCCAUCUGCAAACAAUUUGUUUUAAUGUUUUUAAAGUGAGGAAACCUUGUAUUCAGAGAGAGGUUCAUGUUGAGUGAUUGAGACAAGCUUCUGUGGGUUUCUCUAUUUCAGACUUAGUAAUACUUCCUCAUUACAAUAAAUAAUGUGAAGAGCCCACUUCACUGCUGCCUCUUUACAAGCAUCUACUUUGUGUUGUAUUUUACAAAUUAAACAUUGGUUCUGUAAAAAAAAAAAGUACAUACUGUAUGUGAAUAACCACUCACAUGAAAUAGUUGUCCUGUACACACUGAACAAACAUCUGAUUGCAGAUCAACACACCAAAUGCCCUGAAACGACUGUUUUGGUCCGUUUGUUGCUACUUGCACUGUGAACUAUAACAUGUCUUUAUGACCCAAGACUCAGUCAGCUCAGAGACUAAUUGUGUGAAGAAAAAAAAAGUAUAUUGGAUGUGGUAUGAAAUCAGUUUCUUUCUUUACCUGUAUGGUGUUGGGGAUUUAACCAUAGUCUGGUGUUUUGUUAGGGGAUGGGGGAAUGCAUGUGGCCUUAACCAUAGAAAUAGAAUAUAGAUUCUAUUUCUAUGACCGUAACAUUCUUUCAACACUUGAAUAACCACUCUUCCAUAUUAGUAACGGAUGACCAGAGUUACGUGUGUUGAAGGUAUAAACAGCAUGACUACUUAUUAAGAGAAAUUGGGAGGUCUGCCUCUGGUAGAGCUGUGCCAUGACAUACAAUGUUAUUUUAGAGAGUUGAAGCCCUUUCUAAAAUGCAAACAGGCAACAUUUAAGACUGGCAACGGAUGCCUUUUAAGCUAUGCACAAAACUAAGUGAACAAACCAGUUGUUUAUUAAUAAGGUGGAUCAUGUAUUCUCAAUGCAUUGUCCGACUGUUUGCCUCUGAUGUGGAAGGAAAUUACUAGGCAUUAGUAGAUUGGUCAGUGACUCAGUCAACAUGAAACAUUCCAUAUUUAAUUUAUUUUUGGUAUUGUUUUUUUGAUUCUAUACACGGCACGAUCGUGUCUCUGGUUGGACGUUCAGUACAUUGAAUGAAAACCGGUGCUUUUCAUUAUGGCAAAAAAAAAUGUAUUUUCUGGUAACUGAAAGACUGUUUGAUAUAACUGUUUACCAUUUUUAUGUAAGUCGUUUUUGGCUAGAAACUUGCGUGGCAAACUAUUUUGUGAAAAGCUUUGCCAAAUUGAUAUUUUGAUACUUGCCAGUUGCAGUUACAUUUUCAUUAAAACAACUUGUCACACGUG